CACCCUGCCACCAUCCUCUAUCAAGGUCACUCUGGUUUCUGACUGUUCGUCGCCACCUUCUGUCCUUCCAAAAAACGCAGACUGAUAUCGGUAGUAUCUCUCUUUUUGACAAGCCAAGCUCAGACCUAACCUGGCCCGAUCGAAUCUAAUCCAGUUCUGACAAUUGACAGACAGGUUAUCCCAGCAGCAUGUAUGCAAUGCAACCUCAUACACUGCCUAGCCAAGCAAAUACUAAAGCAAUCUUCGACGAGCCUGACAUAGCCCAAGAGUUUGCUUGCAUCUUGGCAUCCUUCGACUUUGAGUAUUCUAGUCUAUUCCUCCGGUCACCGAUCUUCCCUUAUCCUACACUCUAUUGUCACCUUCUCACUUGGGAAGGGAUCCGAAUAUCAUACCAGAGCAAACCAACAUCAGACCAGGCCUCCCUGCACAAGCUCACUAGAUAUCAAGAAAUAUCCACACCUCUUCAAAGCUCCCAAAGUUCCCAUCCCAAACCCACAAACAGCUCCGGGUAUCCACGUUGGCUAGAAUCGAUUAUGCUGGCGUGGCUGGGCAAGGCUUCCUCGUCCUAUUCGUUGUUCUUACCUCCUCCUUCCUUGCCACUACCUUGCUACACCCCAUCCCACUCCCGGUGACGUCUUUGUCGAGGAUGUUGAUGCAACUAUGCUGUUUUGUUGACGGCCGACUGGCAAUUCUAGCAUGCCCGCUCGAUGAUCGUCGUUCACCUGCUCUUGGUAGCUUGGUAGCACAAAAGCUACCCCGGUACGUCCGGUUAAAGGUGCGCGUGAAACGACAACAAGUGGAGGUUUGUGACAUGUUGCCUGAGGUAGGAACUGUUUUCAAAUGGACAUCUGACCAACCGAGUUCUUGAUCUUAAUGAUCGCCUGGCCCCAAGUCCCUCGUACGUUUGCUUCUACACUCUCGCUUCUGGGUACAGCAAAUUCGACAUGAAGGCCAAUUUAACGAAGACUGCAGUCGCACUUCUUGCGACUGUACCACUCGCUCGUGCCAUCACACCAGAACAGAUGCUCGCUGCCCCUAGAAGAAGCACGGUCAUCCCUAGUCCUUCUGGUGAUAUCGGUGUGUUCUCAUCCACCACAUACGACUGGGACGAGCACAAAAGCUCGACUGUUUGGAAUACUCUCAACUUGACCAGUGGGGAGAUAUCAACGCUCUUCAAUGGGUCAGACAUUUCUGAAUUUCUUUUCGUGGGACCCAACGCUACCAGCAUCCUCUACCUGAACGGUACCAACGAAGAAGAGGACGGAGGCGUAAGCCUGUAUGCAGGUGAUAUUGAUUCCUUUGAUGAAGCAUACCUUGUUGCUUCCUUUCCCGCGCCUUAUUCUGGCCUCAAAGCCACUACUACGUCCUCCGGGGACAUCCACUUCGUUUUCAAUGCCGAGGCGUACCCUAAUGGGACCGCAUACAAUGAGGACUUAGCUGAGGAGCCUCGUAGCUCGGCAAGAGUCUACGAUUCAAUCUAUGUGCGUCACUGGGAUGUUUGGCGCUCUGAGCGAAGGAAGAAUGUAUUUUCCGGUGUUUUAUCGGGUGGGGGCGACGGCUUUUCGCUCUCAGGAAAUUUAACCAACCUGGUCACUGGUCUCGAAAGUGUCACCAAAGCUGAGAGCCCCAGUGUCUUUGGAGACGAUUCCUCGGAGUAUGAUAUAUCGCCAGAUGGUGCUUGGGUUGUCUUCAACACAAAGAACAUCAACCUUCCCGAAUCCAACUUUACUUCCUCUCAGAUAUAUCUGGUACCAUGCAACCGAUCCAGCGAACCAGUACCAAUCAAUGCUAUUGGCGUUCUUUCAACGCCUGCCGAAGUCGAGGGCGGGACCGCUGGGCCUACCUUCUCUCCUGAUAGUAGUCGAAUCGCCUACUUGCAGCAAGACGAGAUCUUCUAUGAAUCUGACCGGUACAAAAUCUACAUCGCCGAAAUUGCUGCUGAUGAUUUCAACAUCACAGUCCUCGCAGAAGACUGGGACCGGAGCCCUGGUCACAUCGUGUGGACUGAGGACGGCUCGUCACUUUUUGUGAGUGCAGCUGAUCAAGGCACCACUCGAGUGUUUGAGAUUCCCCUAUCUGCAGGGCCCAGCUUUGUCCCAACAGCAAUCUCUGGUAAUGGCACGGUUGCAGACUUCGACCUUCUCCCUGAUGGAAACAUCUUGAUCUCUGACAGCAAGAUUUGGUCCUCCAGAGAUGUCUAUGUCAUCUCACCGAAUGGUACACUUGUGGCUGACCUACUUCGAGCCAACGAAAUUGAUGAAGGGCUUGCAGGGCUUGGACCACAAGAUGUGACACAGAUCUUUACUCAAGGUAGCAUUGAUACAGUCCAGUCCUGGGUGGUCACACCAACUGGGUUCGAUCCAGAAAAGAGAUACCCUCUCGCUUACAUCGUGCACGGAGGCCCUCAGUCAGCUCACAUGAACAGCUGGAGCACACGAUGGAAUUUCAAAGUUUGGGCCGACCAAGGUUACGUAGUCGUUGCACCAAACCCGGUAGGGUCGAACAGCUUCGGCGAGGCCUUCCAAGAUGCCAUCCAGAACAACUGGGGAACGUAUCCCUACGAGGAUCUCGUGGCUGUGUGGGAAUACGUUGACGCCAAUCUUUCCUUUGUCGACACCGAUAAUGGCAUCGAGGCAGGUGCAUCUUACGGUGGAUUCAUGACCAAUUGGAUUCAAGGCCACGACCUCGGACGCAAAUUCAAGGCACUGGUUACGCAUGAUGGAGUCACCAACACCGUUGGAAACUAUGCCACUGAGGAAUUGUGGUUCAUGCAGCGUGAUUUCAACGGAACUCUGUGGGAUAAUCGUGACAACUAUGAAAGGUUCAACCCAAUCAAUCAUAUUGUGAAUUGGUCCACUCCCCAUUUCGUCAUCCACAACGACCUUGACUUCCGUCUACCUGUCUCUGAAGGCAUUUUCCUCUUCAACGUUUUGCAGGAGCGCGGCGUUCCUAGCCGAUUCCUCAACUUCCCGGACGAGAAUCACUGGGUCCUCAACCGCGAGAAUUCCCUCGUCUGGCAUACCGAGAUCUUUAACUGGAUCAAUUACUGGUCCGGAGUCAGCAACGCCACCUCUCCAUGACGAGGUUAUUUGCCGAUGCAAACGAUCACCGUGUCGAUUGGUUUCUACCGAUCUUAGAUGAUUUAGCAACAUUAAAACCGAGAAGCCACCACGGCAGAGCUAAUAAUGAAUAAUACUGAUGCCAAUUGAGA